CCUAAACUUCCAAUCAAUUACUAAUACACACCAAUAUCGAUCAACAUCAACUUACAACAACAUGAAUGGCAAGAAAGGCAGCAUAAAUAUAGACAUACCACCUUCUUCUUCUCCGGUAACAAAAGAACAAAAUUCUCCGGCGAUAUCACCAGAGAAAUAUUGGAUAUCCGAAGUGUGGAAGUUUGCUAAGGAUGAUACCAAUAGAGUCACUUUCGCUCUCAAGGUCGGCCUUGCUGUUUUACUCGUCUCUCUACUCAUUCUAUUCCGUGCACCUUACGAUGUUUUCGGCACCAACAUUAUUUGGUCUAUCCUCACGGUCGCAAUCAUGUUUGAGUACACAGUUGGUGCAACAUUCAAUAGAGGGUUCAAUAGGGCUCUUGGUAGCCUUCUUGCAGGAAUACUUGCAAUUGUUGUCAUUCAAGUAGCCAUAACUGCAGGCCACUUUGCCGAACCUUAUGUUAUUGGUUUCAGCAUCUUUUUUAUCGGUGCAGUGACAUCCUUCAUGAAGCAAUGGCCAUCUCUUGUGGAGUAUGAGUAUGGAUUUAGGGUUAUUCUUUUCACUUACUGCCUCAUUAUGGUCUCCGGUUAUCGAGUUGGUAAUCCGAUACGAACGGCGAUGGACCGGCUUUAUUCGAUUGCCAUCGGUGGCCUUGUCGCUGUUCUUGUUAAUGUGCUCGUCUUCCCUAUAUGGGCAGGAGAACAACUUCACAAAGAACUUGUUAAUAGCUUCAACACUGUUGCUGACUCACUUGAAGAGUGUGUGAAGAAGUACUUGAAAGAUGAUGGAUCUGAGAACCUGGAGUUUUCAAAGACGGUGACCGAUGAAUUUUCUGACGAGCCGGCAUUCAAAAAAUGCAAAGCAACACUGAAUACAUCUGCAAAACUUGAUUCAUUGGCAAACGCCGCAAAAUGGGAGCCGCCUCAUGGGAGAUUCAGACACUUCUUCUAUCCAUGGUCAGAGUAUGUCAAGGUUGGAGCUGUUCUUAGAUACUGUGCUUAUGAAGUCAUGGCUUUGCAUGGCUGCCUUCAUUCAGAAAUUCAGGCGCCAUACAAUCUAAGAUGUACAUUCCAAUCAGAAAUUUUGGAUGUGACAACUCAAGCAGCAGAGCUACUAAAAACACUGGGAAAAGACAUAAAUCUAAUGAAGCUCAACCUUCAAAAAAGUUUACUAAAAAAAGUUCAUAGCUCCACUGAAAGACUCCAAAGAUCAAUAGACAUGCACUCUUAUCUUUUAACUUCAAACCUUCACUUAUAUGAUCCUUCAAAACCACAAAAUUCGAGGCUCUCUUUCAACCUUAAAGAUUCAGCAACAUUAAACAGUGAUACAAAUGAAACUAAUGCACAACAAGAUCAGUUAUCAUAUCAUGAGGCAAUGAGGAAACAACAGAUAAGACUUCAUUCAUGGCCAUCCAGGGAAGUGGAUGAGUUUGAAGAUGAGAGUGUUGGGGUUGAUCUGAUACCCAGAAUGAGAGCGUUGGAGAGCACGGCGGCGCUGUCACUGGCUACGUUUGCUUCGCUGUUGAUUGAGUUUGUUGCUAGGCUUGAUCACUUGGUUGAUGCUGUUGAUAUGUUGGCAAAGAUGGCUAAAUUUAAGCAAGAGGUUAUUAGCUAAUUAACUCACUAAUUAAUUAAUUAAUGGACUUAUUGUAUAGGUUAUAUAUAUAUAUAUAUAUACAGUGCAAAGUGCAUACACAAAGUUGUCCAAUUUAUGUUUGUAAUCUCUGCAUGCAUGAAACUUAUGUAUAAUAGUUAAGUUUUGUUGAACUGCUGUCAAGUGUCAAGGA